AUGUUGACCGCUGUACUCCUCCUGGCCAACCUGGCUGCCACCGCGGCCCUGGUGCACCAUCUCGACGACAACCUGCCCGUGGUGCGAUUCCGUCUGUUGACCACCUUCAUCACUAUAUCUGCCGUACAGCUCUUUUUCUACGGCCUGUGGAAGAUCUUCCUGAAGCCCCUCUGCUUCUCGCCAUUCAAGCACCUGCCAAAACCUCCGCUGGAUAAAUGGCCAUUUCCACGAGAUCAUGGACAUGGGAAAUGGAUGGGUUCAAUCCCCAACAACGGCAUAAUCCACUGCCGCGGCCUCCUAAACGGCGAGCGCCUCGUCGUCUCCUCCCAAACCGCCCUCGCCAAAAUCGCCAGCGACAACUAUACCUUCAUCAAGCCCAUGGCGAUUAAACUGCUCGCCGGCCGCGUCCUGGGCAUGGGGCUCGUCCUCACCGAGCGCGACGAGCACAAGCAGCAGCGCAAGCUAUUUCUCCCGCCAUUCGCACCCAAGCAUAUCCGCGAUCUGUACCCGGUUUUCUGGGCGAAGGCUUGUGAGGUUACGCAUGUUAUGGCUGCAACUAUCUCCAAGGAGGAGAAUGGUGUUGAGAAAGAUAAUGGAGGGAUUGAGAUUGGAGAGUGGGCGGCGCGCGUUGCACUGGAUAUCAUCACCCUCUCAGCCAUGGGGAAAGACUUUGGCUCUGUCAGUGAUGCACAUGCACCUCUGGCUAAAGUCUACCAUGCCGUGCUGCAGCCAACACUGGGCCACGUCGUUGUAGCAAUCUUGAAGAACUUCUUCCCGGCGCGGCUGGUCGAGGCUCUCCCGCUGAAAGCGAACGAGGACCAGGGGAGUGCGUACGAGACAAUCCGCGGUGUCUGCAGGGACUUACUACACAGCAAGAAAGCGCAGAUGGCAGACGGACAGGAACUAAAGGGUCGGGAUAUCCUUAGUGUGUGUUUACGGUAUGAAGAGAUUGCAGGCGUAGACGAGGACGAGGUUCUCAACCAGAUGACGACGAUCCUGGGCGCGGGCCACGAGACUAUCUCAGUGGGGAUUACCUGGGCGAUCUAUAUGCUGUGUCUGCACCGGGACUGGCAGGUGAGACUGCGCGAGGAGGUGCGUGCUACUGUUCCUUCGCCGGGUUCAAGUUCAACGGAAACAAUGAGCAGUGCGCAUGUCGAGCGGAUGCCUCUGCUAAGAGCGUUCCUCGAGGAGGUUCUGCGGUGGUAUCCGCCUAUCCCGAUGACGAUGCGUGAGCCGCUGGUUGAUACGGAGCUGGAUGGGCUGUAUGUGCCCAAGGGUACGCGCAUUGUCGUCCCGAUCAAGGCGAUCAACCGCGAGGAGAAGUUCUGGGGUGCGGAUGCGAAGCGGUUUAACCCGGGGCGGUGGCUGAGAGAGGGAUCUGGAGGACAUGAGUUCAACUCGACCGGCGGCGUGUUGAAUAAAUAUGGCUAUCUGACAUUUAACCAUGGCCCGCGGAGCUGUGUUGCGGCGGAGUUUGCGCGUGCGGAGAUGGCGUGCGUGGUGGCGGCUUGGGUUGGGCGGUUUGAUCUGGAUCUGGCGGACGAACGAUUUCGAAAUGAAGAAAAUAUGAAGACGUCGAAUGGGAAUUUCUCAGGAAAGCCGUUGGAGGGGCUGUAUGUGCGAGUGAAGGUGGUGGAUGGGUGGUGA